AUGACCCAGAUCCAUGCCACUCGGGCGACCGUGCCCAACACCAAGCCCUUCCCUCCCUCAGCCGUCAUCGUCCGCCCGGCAACCAUCGACGAUAUGCGCCGCAAAACCGACAUCACCAGCUGGUACGUCCUCAACUCGCUGUCCGAAUUCAUGAGCCAGCCCAGGACACUCGAGCAAGAGAUCUCCAGUUUCCACGCCUCCCGAGCCCAGGGGUUCCCGUACCUCGUAGCCGAGGUAGACGGUUAUGUUGUGGGGUAUACCAAGUUGCGAGCGUAUAAUGGUGGUGGGGGCUGGGCGCGUACGACCGAGGUGUCUAUUUAUGUGGAUUAUGAGUAUUUGUACCGCGCUAUUGGAAGUUUGCUUCUGCAGAAGCUGUGGGAUGUCCUUGGCCACCCGGAGAACUACGACGAAUCGUGGCUAGGGAGAACGAAGAGGGGAGAGAACCAUAGCAUCGUCAAUGUGAUUGCCAUGAUGGUCGUCAACCCAGAGGGAAGGGAAAGGGGAGAAGGUCUUGCAAAGUUCUACGAGUCGAUGGGCUUUGAGCGCGUUGGGCGUUUGAAGAAGGUCGGAUGGAAUGAAGGUCAAUGGUAA